UGACUUCAAAGCUUGGAUUGUUCUAGAAAUUAAAUUUGUUGUUUCCACAAUAUAAUGGGUAUUAGACUGGUUGGGAUUUCCGAAGCCAAAGAGAAGCUUCGGAGAACGCUUUCGCCGAGAAAAGGGAGCAUUUCGACGUCGAAUGACGUCCCAAAAGGCCACUUUCCGGUUUACGUGGGAGAAGCACAGCGGCGGUUUGUGGUUCCGAUCUCGUACUUGAGGCAUCCUUUGUUCCAGGAGUUGUUGCAUUGGGCUGAGCAAGAAUUUGGGUAUGAGCAUCGUCCCACCGGCGGUUUAACUAUUCCAUGCAGUGAAGAUUACUUCUUGACCCUCAUUUCCCUGCUCAAGUCUUCAUAGCCUCAAUUAAUUCUUCCAUCGACAUUUUUACAGUGCUGCAAAUAUAAGUAGUGCUGUAAUUUUUAUUUUUAUUUUUUUGUGACGAGGAAACCCACAGUCACAUAUGAACAUGUGCACAUCUUGUGCUAUUGUAAUUGGUUCUAUCGACUAGGAGAGUGUUGACAAAGUGCUGUAAUCAAUACAUGUUUUUAGAUUUAGUGAUCCAAUAUUAGCCUUCAAAAAUAUGUGUGGGGAAACUUGCAAUCCAGACAACACUGUUAGUAUAUUCUUAAAUUGUGAAGUUGAUUAAUUCUAUGUGACUUUGUAAAUGCAUUCAACGAUCAA